GUUGUUGUAGUUGACCAAACUAAACAAACAAACAACAAUCAUUUCACCAUUGUAUUUUUUCUUGUUGUUCUGAUUUGGACCGAAAUAAAUCGGGAGCAAAAAUUUUGAAUUUAUUAUUCGAGCUAAUUAUUACUUAUGUUGUUGUGUUUUGUGAUCUUUGCUUUAAAUUUCCAAUCUAAUUGAUUAAUUGAACAAGAUGGCAACGAUGGCUAUAUCGAAUCAUCAAAUUAUUCCAUCAUCAUCAUCAUCAUCCGCAUCUACAUCUGGAGCAUCCAUAUCCGCAUCGGCAACAUUGACAAUGACCAAUCUUGAUGAUAUCGACGAUGAUGAUGGUGAUGAUAUUGAUCAAUUAUCAUCUCCAACGACAAUAUUAUCAUCAUUACCUUGCCAAUCAUCACAUGUACAGCAACAAACAAAUUCAUCAACAUCGAUAUCAAGCCUAUUUGAACGUGUAACAAAUUUUCGUCGUUCAUUAAUCAAAUCAAAUUUGAAUAGAAAAAAUAAAGAUAAAUCAUCAAGGCCACCAUCGGCAAGUUUUAGCCUGUUUAAUAAUAAUAAAUGUUCACCAUCAACAUCAUCUAUGACAACGGCAACAGCGAAAAAAACAUUGUUAAAAACAUCAGAACAUAAUAAUAAGAAUAAUAAACAUUGUCGAAUGUUGAUGAAUGGUGUCAUCAUCACUGAUGAAAAUGUUAAUGUUAAUAAUACUAAUACUACACCUACGUUUAAUGAUAAUAAUAAUAGUGAUGAUGAUGAUGAUAAUAAUGAUAGUGAUGGUCACCAUAAUGGAUCGAAAACAUUGUCAUCAACAUCAUCGUCGGCUAUGGUUAUACAUGUUGAUGAAGAAGAUGCCAUUUACGGUUUCACUGCCAUUCAUUUAAAUAAUCCAACUAAACCAAGACAAUUGCUUACGAAACAGGCCAUAACAUCAUCAUCGUCAUCGAUGAAAUCCAAGAUUGGUAAUGAUAGUUGGACUUCUAUAAAACCAUCACCACAGCAGCAGCAAACAUCGAAUGAAAUGAUGUUGAUAAAUAAGGAAUUUCAAUCAUCAUCAUCACUACAUGAAACAACAAUGAAAAUUGCCAACGAAUAUUGUGAACCAACAACAACAGUUGUUAAUAAUGAAUUAAAUUCAAUUUCAUUAAUGGAAAAACAACCAAAAUAUUCACCAAAUCAUAAAUAUCAACAAAAUCAUUUGCCAUCGACGGUUCGAUCAUCUUCAAAUUGGAAAAAUAAACGACGUUCAAGCGUAUCGAUAUUAUUGUUUGGUAACAAUAAUAAUAAUAAUAAUAAUGGUGAACAACAACAACAACAACAACAAACGAUUAUUAAUUCAGAAUGUUCAAAGCAAACACAAAGAUAUUCAUCUUGUUAUGCUACAGUUACUACGAAUAAUACAUCAAUAGAUUAUUCACAGCCAUGUCAUCGAUCUUCAGAUGAUAUAUUAAUGAUGUCCGAAUCAUCAUUGAAAUCGAAUAAUAAUAAUAAUAAUAAUUUGAAUCAAUCACGUAUUUAUGAAAAUGUACAAAAUAGAAGCCAAUCAUCAAAUCAUUAUCAUCAUAAACAUAACAAUCAUCAUCAUCAUCAUCAUCAUCAUAUAUUUCCUGAUCCUGCACGUAAAUUAACUAAAGAUUCUGGUUAUGAAUCAUCAUCAUCAACAUUGGUUAGUGUAGCACGUGGAUCAACAACAACAAUUUCUCAACAACAACAACAAAAUCAUCAUCAUCAUCAUUCAUCAAUGAUAAAUAUGAUAUCAACUUCUGGUGGAUAUGGUAUAUUGUUGAAUAAUAGAUCUAAUGAUAAUCAUCGAAAUAUAGGAAAUCAAAUGAUGAUUAUUAACGAUGAUCAUUCAAAAUCUGAUUCAAUUGAUUCUAAUCUAAGUCAUAAAAGCUUUGAUUCUCCAACAAAUUAUUCUUCAUUGAAUCAUUCGAUAAAUGAUGAUCAUCAUAAUCAUAGUUCAUCUUCAUUGCCAUCAUCAUCAUCUUCAUCAUCAUGUUCACCCGAAACUCCAAUACGAAUUCAGGAAGCAACAGCAGCUGCUGUAGAAUCACCACCACCAACACCACCGAUUCGUUAUUCAAGUUUACCCGAAAAUCAUUUAAAUAUUGAAAAACGUUCCAUUCACUGCCAAUUGCCUGUAAUUAAUCAACACUGUGAUCAACAAUCAAUCAAAAUGAAAACAAAUUUCAAAUCAAAUGAUUAUAUACAACAUUGGUCAUAUGAUUUGUAUCCAAAAAUGAGACGUAAAAAACAACAGCAACAACAACAAUUACGAUUGGAAGAAAAUCCAUAUGAUAAUCAAAUAGAAUUGAGCUUAUCAUCACCACAGUCAUCGAAAAAUCAUCAAUAUUCAUCAAUAACAUCAUCAUCAUCAUCGUCGUCGUCAUCUUCGACAAUUCCAGCACAAAUUGUUCAUAGUCAUCGUAUUCAACAGGUGGUUCGACAAGAAACAACAAAUUCAUUGACUAAAUCAUCAUUAUCACCGUCGCAAAUGAAUUCUGGAUCUCAAACAAUUUUGACAAAUUCUCUUUCUUCUCCUCAUCAUCCACUGCCGCCAAUAUUGCCACCAAAAUCAUAUCAAACAACAACAAAUACCAAAAAUAUUAAAGAAAUACAGAAACGUGCUGUUUAUGAAUUUUAUUUACGACAAAAAGAAAAGAAAAAAAAUCGAAUCAAUAAUAAACAACAAGAAAAUGAUGAAGAAGAAACAGGUGAAAAUUGUAUUAUUAAAAAUUCACAGUAUCAAUUAUCAUCCUGUUCAUCAUUAUCAUCAUCAUCUUUAUUAAAUGAAAUGCAAACAUCUACAUCAUAUGUCAACAAUAAUAAUAAUAAAAAUCAAGAUAAUAAUAAUAUAAUCAAAUUCAAGGAAAUCAAGGCUGAAAUCGAUUCUAACAAUGUUGAGCAGCAGCAAAAAUUUCCAUCAAUAAUAAAUCAUAAAACACAGCAACAACAAUCACCAACCAAAUAUUUUCCAUCAUCAUCAUCAUCCAAUGAUUUUCCCCUUCCACCACCACCAUCAUUCACAAAUAAUGGUUGUCAUAAUAAAAACGAUGAUGCUGAUGAUAAUAAUAAUAACCGUAAUCAAUCGUUAUUAUCAUCAUUGUAUUCAUUAUUCAAACGAUUAGGUUUAGAUUUAAAACAAUUUUGGCCAUCAUUAGAUUUUAGUCAAUUAAUACCAAUGUUGAUUGUUGUAUUCAAUUUGAAUGAAACCAAUAUUGAUGAUGAUGAUGAGGAUGAUGAUGAUUGUGGUGAACGAAUGUUAUCGAUAAUGACAACCGAUUGUUGUUCACGAGAUGAUGAUGAUGAUGAGGAAAUAAAAAUCAAUGAAGAAUUAUUACACAUUGAUCAGAUACGUAGACAUAAAAAUCGUCUACUUUCACGUUUGAAUUUAUUACGAAUGGAAUCAAAUCGUAUCGGAAAAGAUUUAUUAAUAUUUGAAAAAAGAAUUGGCCAAUUUAUUCGUCAAAUAUUGAUGGAUUUGGAUUCAAAUUUAUCAAAUAAAAUGGAUAUUUUAUGCAUUGAUAUGGUACGAAUUAUUCGAUUGAUAUUUUCCAUACAACAACAAAUCAAAAAUAUUGAUAGUGAUCAUAAUAAUAAUGAUGAUGAUGAUGAUGAUAAACAAGAUGAAAUGAAAAAACAUGAACGGUUAUUACAAUUGAAUGGACAAAUGAAUGCAGCAUAUAAUUUAUGUGUAGCAAUACAACAACGAUGUUCGAUGUUUAUCAAUCGUCUAAUACAACGUUAUUGUUCAUCAUUCGAUAAAAUCACUAUUAACCAUCAUCAUCAUCAUCAUCAUCUUGAUCAAUGGUCAUCGGAACAAUUGUUUAACCGAAUCAAAUCAAUGAUGACAAUCAAUGAUAAUAAUAAUGUCCAUCACGAUGAUAUUGUUCAACAACAACAACAACAAGAUGAUGAUGAUGAUAAUGAUAGAAUAUUAAAAAUAUGGCUUGAAAAUCAAGAUCAACAUCAACAACAAACAUCGAACAAUAUGGUUAACGGCAACGAUGGUGAUUGUACCGAUGAUGAUGAAAAUAAUGAUAAGAAGAAAAAAAUUGUUUGGUCAUUUUCACAUUUAGUUCAAUCUUAUCUACAACAUCUUGAAUCAUUAAAUGUACAGCAACAAAUUAUUGAUUCACUUAUCAUUUAUUAUCAACAUCAACAUCAACGACAACAACAACAAUACAACCACAAUCAUAAUUUAAAAUCUUGAUCAAUACCGGCAAGAAAAUAUUAGAUAAAUUCAACGGUGAUUCAAACAUUUUGAUAAUAAAAAAAAACAGGAUUUUUUAUUUUUAUUAUUUUGAUUAUACUCAACAACCCAAUAUUGUAUACAGUGCCAAUUUCAUGUUUUUUUUCUGACAAUUUUAAUAAAAAUAA